GCAGAAGCCCCUCUCCAGUGGGCGUGGAAACUCUGCCCAAGAGAUCCCAGCAAGAGACGGAGCCACAUCUCAUCUGGGGGCCUUUUCUCCCAGAGUCCAGAGAUGGCAAGGCUGAUUCCUCUUCCCCAGCCUAACCUAUCCCGUGAACGGCUCCCUCAGUUCCUUCUCUGCAGAGUGAGGGACCUUCCCAGAGCCUCAGGGUGACCACGCCAGUAGCAGCAAGAAUGAGCUCUUUCAGAAUCCAAUGAUCAGGCCUCCGCUCUUUGCCAACCCCAGCCUCGACCAGAAGCGGCAGUCUCCUGCAGGCCUUUCAGGACAAGAGGGAGGGCUCUGCUUUCUCCCUCCGAAAUGGGGGAGUGAAGGCCCCGAGUGCAGGGUCCUUCGCAUACAAUCCUCUCCCCGGCAGUGGACUUCCGCCAUGGCUGGAGGGGGGCGGGGUGCGCUGGAAAGCGGGAUAGUGGCCCGAGCCACGCGAGCACCACGCGAGGACGGUGGGGGAUGUAAGACCUAAACGCUGGGAAGAGGUUGCGGGGCUGAGGGCUGUUGCCAGGUGACCAUGUGUCGUUGCCCAGCAACCGUGGAGUCACUGGCUGUACCUCUGCACUGGGACGGGACAGGAGCUCCAGCCCAGGGGCCAGGAAGUCCUGAGCGCCCGGCCACCCGAUACUUCCCCUCCCCCCACCUCCGCAGGCUCAUCUACCCGUGCCGCAGCCUGUGUGAGGCCCUGCAGGCCAGCUGUGCGCCCAUCAUGGCCUGCUACGGCUACCCCUGGCCCGCCAUCCUCCAUUGCGGCCGCUUCCCCGCCGGGCACAGCCUCUGCGUCGCGGCUGUCUCCGUAGGCUCCCGCCUGGGCCGCCCACUGCCGCGCGCCAGCUGCAGGGACUGCGAGUUGCAGGACGCCCGCUCAUCCAACGAGGUUCUGGAAGCGCUCUGUGCCAGCGACUUUGUGAAGGUCAGGCUCUCCCGAUGCAACGGCUCGUCCUUUGGCCUCUCAGACUGCAACCUAGACUCCGGGCUAGAGGUGCUGAAGGCAGGCCCACUGCCUGCUGUGGAACUGGCACCUAUUCUGCGUCGCUGGCUGCAGCUGGAUGCCACAUGCAUGCACAACCUCUUGCGAGGAAGGCAUGCUGAGACCUACGUGCUAAGCGGGGAGGUGCAGGGCCAUCGAUUGCUGGUAACCACAGCCUACGCCUGGAGCCAAGGUCACAGAAAUCUGCAGUUGGCGGUGUGCAGGUGGCACCAUCACCAGUGCCCAGAAUAGGAGUUAAUGCAGGAAGAGCCUGGGACUUUGUAGCCACAGCCUCAGCAGCAACCAUACAAACCAUGUCCCGCCCUGGCUGGACAUACAUAAAACCCUCUAUCUGCUGCCCUUCAUGGAUACUUAUAGACCAGCCCCAGGAACAGCCCAAGCAGGGCAUAAACCCUUCUGUGAUCAACGCUAAAGGGACCCUUCCUGAGCUAUAGUGCUCUGCCCAGACAUGAAGGAGGCUGGCUCCCUGGCAGCUGUGUGUGCUGGAUAGGCAAGACCACCUUUCUGUCCCAGGCCUGGGAUGACAGCCUGGCUAAUGCCCACAAGCCCCAGCAGCCCAAUCUAUUUCAGGGCAGGUGCAAAGCCUCAGGCUUUGCUCAUUCUGGGCAGGAUGCUACUUGUCAAGCCACACACAGACUGCCUCAAGCUGUAGGCCCAUGCAAAAGCACAGGGGGUGGAGAGAGGUCCAUGCAGAAAAUUGUCUUAAGCUGCUUACAAAUCUGAACUUAUAUGCACACAAAAAGUUCUUCCCCUAUUUCUGGGCCUCCAGUGUUUGUCAAGAACACAGUGGUCUUAAGUAACUGCCUAAUUGUUUUCCUGAACUGACUUGGAAAUCCUAUGAUAAAGCAGUCAUGGUUUUAAGAUAAAUUGUUUUGUGUACUGGUGUUAAGUUACUCAUUUACCUUAAAUAGUAAGAAAAUGGGCUAAAGCUCUUGUUGGCCUUCUGAAAGUGCCCCCUGCUGCUCUUGAAGGGAGUGCCGAAUCAGGGGGCACCUGCCAGGGUGGUGGGAAGUCACUCCAAGCAAGCAGAUAGGUGCUGGUCUGGCUGAGUGCCCAGUAAAUCCCU